AUUCAAAGUUUGGAAAAGGCUGAUCAUGUUCACACGUGUUACUUAAUACUGCGGAAAAAUGAAUUUUAUUUCGUGUUUAUCUUGGAUUAAAAGGGGAGUGGCCAAACCAACACCCGAAAAAGUGCAUCUUUCGAAAGAUGAUUUGAAGAAGCUGAUAAAUGAAACAAAACAGGACAUUAAAGAUGUCGAGAAUGAAAAUGGCGAUCUGACAGUGCAGUCCGUGGACGAGUCGGCCUUUAAAGAAGAGUGUGUGCUGAACGAUGAAGAUAUAUCGUUAAAGUAUGACUUGGAUAAUUAUGACGUUGAUGAUUCUUCCAAUCCUAUGGUGAAUCUAGCAGAUUUGACUGUUUUUGCAAACAAUGAAGAUGAUCCUUAUAUAACAUUGAAAGACAAGGAGGAUGAUACCGACGAUGAUGAAGAUUUUCAUAUUCGACCGACAGAUAACCUUGUUGCUGUCGGUAGAGUUCACGAAGACUGUAGCGUGUUAGAAAUUUAUGUUUAUAAUGAAGAGGAGGACGAUCUGUACGUUCAUCACGAUACGAUUCUGCCUGCAUAUCCAUUAGCUCUGGAAUGGUUGAAUUUUGAUCCGAGCGAAGAAACUCCAGGAAACUACAUUGCCGUUGGCGAUAUGACGCCAGUCAUACGUAUUUGGGAUAUUGAUGUGGUGGAUGCACUAGAGCCAGCUUACACUCUCGGAAAGACUGCCAAGAAGAAGAAGAAAGCUAAAUCAAAAUAUUGUGGUCACUCAGAAGCUGUGUUGGAUAUAUCUUGGAAUAAGCACAUUAGACAUAAUUUGGCAAGUGGCUCUGCAGAUUACACAACUCUCAUAUGGGAUAUAUCAGAAGAGAAACCCGUUACGAAAUUUGAGAAAAAUACAGAAAAGGUGCAAUCUGUUAAAUGGCAUCCUUUUGAAAGUCAAAUUUUGCUGACUGGAAGCUGUGAUAAGACAGUGAGAGUGUUUGACUGUCGCAAUAAGGAUGACACUCACAAAUGCUGGCUGCUGGAUGGUGAAAUAGAAAAAGUUAUCUGGGAUCACUUUAAUCCUUUCUUCUUCCUUGCUAGUACAGAUAAAGGUUCUGUAUACUGUUUAGACGCAAGAAACGAUAAACCUGUUUAUGUGAUCAAAGCUCAUUUCGAGGCUGUUACAGGGCUUUCUUUAAGUACGCAAUGCGCAGGUUGUCUCGUGACAGCAUCCACUGAUGGUACAAUCAAAAUUUGGGACAUCAGCAAUAACCAUCCAGAUUUUAUAGAAGAAAAGAAGUUAAAUGUGGGAUCCAUACAUGCUCUCGCAUUGUCUACCGAUUCGCCGUUUUUGUUUGCUGCUGGUGGUGACGAUCGCUCAAAUAACUUCACCGUCUGGGAUUUUGGAAAUAUGAAAUCUGUUUCGACGAGAUUUGCUCAUUACAUAAAUGAAAAUCUCUCAAAAGUUCAGAACGAGACAGAACUAAUGGAAACAGAUCUAACUACAGACGAAAUGCAGAAUCUUAGACUGAAUAACAUGGAGAUGGGAAUCAAACCGAAAAAGAAAUUUCGACAGUUUAAAUCCAUAAAACCAAAAUAACUGUAAAUAUUUAAAUAUUAAUUUUGAAAAUAAAUAAAUAUAUAUUUCUUGUUAUUUUUUCGGGGGAUACUUUCAUACAUAACUUUUAAAAACUCAUCGUUGCUCAACUUUUACAUGUUGGCCGUGUGGUAUAUUUGUUCCGGCUUAUCAUUGGAAGGAUCUUGUACGAUCUCCUCAAUCUGGAUUCCCGUUUUAUCUAGUUGACUCCGUUCUGGGAUGCUGCGGCCCCUAGAUACAGGGAAUCAUUGUUGAGCUGUCAUUUGUCGACCGCAGUGUUGCUGGUUCGACCAGAUUUUAACAGGGUUUACUUGUACAUGUUUGUGAAAGCCUUUUGUAUAGGCUUGGUCAGACACACAAAAAAUGUUGUUGUAUCUGUCUAUAAAUCACAUUUAAUAAUUAUCAGACAAUCUUUCAAAUUUUUAAGGUGUAAUACCUUUUAAAUCAUGAUUGUUUUCCUAUUUAUCAAUAUAAAAUUUCGUUUUUGAAUGGUGUUUAAAUGGCAUUAAAAACAAAGCUUGUUAUAAAUGGUGUUUCUAUAUAUUGGAAAGUAAGAAAAGUAUUGAUUGUUGUUUGUUCGAAAAUGACUUGAGUCACUUCUUACAGUAUAUGAAUAUAUUAAAAUUAUCGAGUUUGUGGAUCAAUAACUAUAUUCGUUUUUUAUUUAAACAUACUUUCACGAAAGAAAAUGCUAAAAAUUUUGCAAAAUUCUUCACAUUUUCGCUUCUGAGAACUGUAUUUGCUAUGUAUAUGAUUAAACAUAUAUAUUCAAUACAUUUCUUGUCAUUUCAAGGUGUGCCAAUACGUUAAUAGCUUUCUCGGUAGUUGCUUCAUUGCAUUCCAUUGUUCUCGACCCCUGCCUUGCGUAUUUGUUCCCAGAGCAACUUUUCCAACAUAAGAUUUCUUCUUGAUUUGUUUGGAGUUUGAGUUAUCGGACGAUGCUCUGUUCCCGUUACCUUUGUCUACGACAACCGUCAGCAGUACGACAUUUUCCAGAUCGCUCAGCGGCAAGUCGAACGAGAGUACUUCGUUGAAUACCGGAAAGCUGGAACCUUGGCAGGAAUUUGUUUUUCUCUGUUGGAUGACUUUGCCGUUUUUUAACAUCAAUACGGAAACAUACGGUGCUGUAAUGCGUAAAUUUGUUUUCAAUCGUAACAAAAUUCAUGCUACAUAAGAUUUAAAUUAGUCGAGUUUGUUGACUUACCGAAUUUUGUUGGAUCGUCCGUAGUUAAUCUCAAAUGACAGGCUUUAAAUAUGGUAAACGUUAGACGUUGCGCCGUAGGCAAGUAACUUAAUCCAAAACAUAAUUUUCCAUUUGUCUUGAUUUGUGAAAAAGAAAUUCAAAUUAUUAAUUGAAAAAUUAAUAAAUAAAUAACUGAGUUAGAUUUCUAAUCAGAUGAAUUCUGUAUUGUAUCUAACUUUGAAAAAAUGUGAUUUACCUCUUUAGGUGCUGUCAAAUCAACUGUGUGUUCCUGUAUUUGAAUAUUCUUUAAUAAAUUAUAAUCUUUCAAGUA